AUGAAUGCUCCCAAUGUCAACGUGAAGCAUUCCCAAGCUGUUCCACACUGGUUGCAAUCAUUGGCAACCUCAUUGGUGCUGAUGGGAGUUGUAUCGGUAAAUGCUCUGUACCCUCCCCCUAAUGCAGCAUGUCCCAGAAUUAGAUUUUGGGACUUAUCCCAGUGUGCAUCCAAAAUCAUCACGGCAGCCAUUGCAGGAAUUGAGUUGGUGGACUGGUCGCUGAAGGGACCGCCAUAUUUGACAAGACUGUCCAUUGCGAUACUGAACAACUCCCCGGCUUUUUUGGCCUUGCUAUUCUGCUGUGCAUAG